AUGGUACAAGGCGGAGUAGAGGAGGAGGGCUUUUUAGCGGAUGUAGUGCCCGGACUGCCCGCGUGGGCGCGGCGGAGAGGCAGCCUGACCACGCCCGAGGAGCGGCUGCUCGAGGAGGAAGAGCUCGACCUGCUGGCGGCCGAGGUCCAGCGCCUCGUCGACGGACCCCUCAAGACCACCAGCCCCCACCCCCAACAAACAACUCGCCGCGGCCUCCUGCACUCGCUACGUUCGCUCAAGAGGCAACCCGCUACGUUCAACCUCAACACCUUUGGCGUCAGCGACUCAACCACUACAACGACCACUUCGCGGACUGGCAGCGUAGAAGAAGAAGUCGUCGUUGACGAAGACGAGGCCGAGUUCCUGUACGACAUGGGCAAGCGGAUGUUGCUGGGCCGCGAGGGCGGGAUGGAGCUCCAACGCAACCCCCGCUGUGCGGUCCACCUCCUCCAGCGCGCGGCCGCGAUGGGCCACGUCGGCGCCAAGUGGGACCUGCACUGCUGCCGCGGCCGGGGCGACGACAUCACCCUCGACUACACUCGCGCCGCCGUACUCUACGCCAGGUUCGCGAAGAUGGGCCACCCUGUGGCGCUGAGCAACCUCGGCGUGUGCUACCACAAGGGACGAGGCGUCAAGAAGUCCCUCAGCAAGGCGGUGCGGUACUACACGCAGGCGGCUCAGCACAACUACGCGCGGGGCAACUACAACCUGGCCGUGUGCUACGACCUGGGCGACGGUGUGGUCAGGGACGCGGCCAAGGCCGUGGACCACUACAGCAAGUCGGCUCGGCUGGGCUACGCCGUGGCCCAGUACUACAUGGGCGUGUGCUACAGCCACGCCAAGGGCAUAGAGAGCCGCGACUUCAAACAGGCGAUCGACAUGUGGCGCAAGGCCGCGCGACAGGGCCACGGCCUGGCCCAACUGGUGCUGGCCAACUACCACCGCGAGGGCCUGGAGGGCCUCCUUCCCAAGGACGUGCUCAAGGCCGCGCUCCUCUUCCGGGCGGCGAUCGGCUGGGGCGACGAGAAGGCCUGGGACCGGCUCAAGGACCUCCUCGCGGCCUCACCCACGGGCGACUUUGAGGAGUGCGGCCUCGACCGAUGCGACGGAUGCGAGGCGCGACCUGUGGAGCACACAACGCACGUGCCUACGCUCUACGACCAGUGCUGCCUCCACUUCUUCAAUCGGUGGACGCACCACAAGGUGGUGGCCGCGGCCAAGACCGAGCAGGCGCAGCUGCCCGCCGAGGUGGUCGACAAGAUCAACCGCGAGGUCAGGAAGUGCCACAACCCGGCCUGCACGAAGCUGCGCUACGGCCCGGGCACCGUCCAGCGCAGAUGGCGCUUGAAGGCUCCCUCCAGCUCGAGCGAGGAGGAGCCGAAGGCCACCAUCCAGCACCGGCCCGAGGCCAUCGACGAUCAGCGGGACGGCGAAGAGGAGAGCAUACUCGAGCUGGAGGGCGAGGGAGAGAACGGCGACGAGGUCGCCCUCCACUUCUGCAGCCACAAGUGCGCCCUGGCGCUGUAA